AUGACUCUUAAAUGCUCAGAGGGGGCGGGCACUUCCUUUGCGUAACUCCUCUCCAGGUUACGUCGGCGUGUAUUUCACCGUGCGACUCUUCUCCGAUUUAAACACGCGUCUGGAGUGUGUCUUCUCUCUCUUUUUUUCAGCCGGAGACAGAGGCACGAUGUCGGAAGGCUGGUGGGAGAGUACGGUCGUGACCCACGUCCUCAUGGCGCUGUUCGCGAUGGGCUCCUGGAUCUCCGUGAACAGUCUGUGGGUCGAGCUGCCGGUGGUGGUCAAUGUGCUGCCCGAAGAGUGGAACCUGCCCGCCUACCUCUCUGUCCUCAUUGCGUUUGGAAAUCUGGGUCCGAUCGCGGUGACCAUCACUCACUACUGUGCUCCGGGCCGGCUCAACGAACGUGUCGUCAUCCACAUCAUCCAGGUGCUGGCUAUUGUCACGGCAGCAUUUUUGGCCAUUUUCUGGUCUCACACCAUCACUGUGGCUGGACAGGAGCGAUCAAUACCAUUUUUCCUUUUCACUUUUGUUUUGUCUUUUGUUUGCUGUACGUCAAAUGUCACCUUUCUACCAUUCAUGUUCAGAUACCCCCCUCAGUAUAUACGCACCUUCUUCAUCGGACAAGGCUUAAGUGCAUUGUUCCCCUGUAUUGUUGCUUUAGGACAGGGUGUUGGUAAACUGGAGUGCAAAUCAGUCAAUGGCACAACCAAAGCAGAGCACUUGAAAGAGAACUUCCCUGCUCAAAACUUCUUCUGGUUCUUGUUUGUAAUGCUCACUGUGUCCGCUUUAAGUUUUGUGGCGCUAACCAGAAGACAGACGGCUCAGAUGCACUCCCCUCCAGAUGUGGACAAAACCAGUGCAAUGAAGAGUGGAGAGGAGACACAUCCCCUCAACAACGGGACGCCCCUGUCAGAGCAGCAGGAGCAGAUAGAGGAGCAGCAGCCUCCUGCUCACUCAUUUUGGACACUUCAUAAUGUUUACCUUCUGAUUUUACUGGCCUUAGCCAACGCUUUGACCAAUGGAGUCCUGCCAUCUAUCCAGAGCUUCACCUGUCUCCCCUAUAGCCCCAUGACCUUUCACCUCUCCGUCGUCCUUGGCAACAUCGCAAACCCCCUUGCCUGCUUCCUUGCCAUGUUUUUUGUUUUGAGGUCAGUGAGUGGUCUGGGCUGCCUGACCAUCACUGGAGGAGUCUUCGCUUCGUACCUCAUGGCUUUAGCCGCUCUUAGCCCCUGCCCUCCGCUCCUUGGAUACUCCUCUGGCAUUGCUCUAGUGGUGCUCUCGUGGAUUUUGUUCACGGGGGUCUUCUCGUACCUGAAGGUGGUCAUUGGGACCUUGCUUCACGAGGCUGGACACUCUGCCCUGCUCUGGUGUGGCAUCUUCAUCCAGGCCGGCUCUCUCAUCGGAGCUUUGGUCAUGUUCCCUCUCGUCAAUGUCUACCAUGUGUUUUCUCGCGCUCAGGAUUGUGUCAACAACUGCAGCUAGAAUCAAAACAGCAAGUACUUGUGGGAUUUUACUGCUCAAACACUAAACCUUUUGGUUGACCUUUGUAUCACAGAGACCAGAAUGAAGAAGUCUCAGAUAGGUUAAAAUGUUUCCCUGAUAAUCACGUCUUUGUGAGCGGAGAGGAGCCACAGGGAAGUGAAUGUGCUUGAAACCACAUGUGCUUUGUGUUGUUGUUGAUGCAGAGGAGAUGGUGUAAGUUCAUAGCAAUCAUGUGCCAAACUCAGGGAGACAGGCUCCAUAUUAUUCAAUGUUUACAGCAUCUCUGCAGUAACAAGGCACAGUUCAACAAGUACACUAAUGAAUGUACAAGCCACAUGUUUUUGAAUUGAUCUGUUUUUUUUUGUUUUUGUUUUUUAUCUGAAAUAACUGAAUAUUUUUACUCAAGAUGAUUUCACAGUUGUUUUAUACUUCGUAAUAAUUUUAAUAAUAUCUUCUAAUAUCGUCUAUUUGAGCUGUAUCAUUUUGAAGAAACUUUUAUCCGAGCCCAGAUAUUUUCUAUUAUUCAAUUACUCGAUGUCUGUGGAAAAUGUUUUGCUACCUCUUUAUAUAAAUUGAAAACAUACAUGUUUUUAAAUUAUGAUUAAUGUUGUAUUUACAAUUUUAUGUUGUAUUUAAAGAUGCACCAUGGAGCUUUUCUGAUGGAGACUUUUCAGCCACCUUAUUGUUUCCAUGGAGAUGUGUUUGCUUCGCCUAGUAUGGCCUAGUAUGACUUAUCUCAAUGGAUACAAGCAGGUGAUGCCACAGACCAAGUUAUAGGUCAGAUCAAAUCUUAUAGGUCAGAUCUAUGUUUGAUAAUUAAAUACUACAGGUGUUUUUAUCUGUGUAAGAUCAAUAACUAUCAGGUGGUGGGCCUUUUAACAUGUAUAUUUUUUGUAAAGGUACUAUAUUACACAAAAUGGAUUCUCAAGUGCUUUAAUUUGUGUUAGAAUAUUAUUACCUCCUCAAAAACAGACCUGGAGUAAUAUUUUGUUUCAUUCACACGUUUUAGUAACCAUUUAUUUUUAGUAUGUUUACAUCUCCAGAGCUCAAAAUGCUCUGCUCCAUCCUGUUAUGUCAUGAAGUGAUAGUGCUAUGUUAACAGCUGCCUUUUACCUUAAGUGCAAUGAUUGGCUAAAAAUGUCCCAAUGAUUCUAGUGAAAGUUUAUCUAUUUUAAAAUACUUUUGUAUUACCACAUGACAUCACAAGGUGAGAGUGUUUUCCGUUUAUGAGAAAAACUAACCCAAAUAUUCUAGAUUUGUGUGUUAAACAUGUGUGAAUGAAACAAAACACAACUCCAGGUAUGGUUUUGAUGUCAAAUCAUUAUAACAUAGAUCAGAAAAUAGCCAAAUAUAGGCCUUUUAGGUGACAUUCCCUUUAGUUUCAUCUAGUACCUUUUCCUUUGCCAAGUGUUUUGGUCAUUCCAUCUUUACUUGAAUGGAACCACAAAUAUCAUUUGUCACUAAAUGAUCAAAUGUGCUUUAAAUGCUCAGACUCCUUUUAAACUAAUCAAUGUUUUUAUAUGUUAAACCGUAGCACACGAAGAGACACAUUUCUACUUUGAGUUGCACUAAUUUGCCUUGUCCCUUCUGUAAUUAAACUUGAAACUGGU